AUGUCGCGGAGGAAGCAGGCGAAGCCUCAGCAUUUCCAGUCCGACCCCGAGCUGGCCUUAUUAUCCCAGCGAAAUGGAGACACAGAAAAGGGUCACGCAAAUCGAACCACUAAGAACAAGGAUGCCCAUGUCUGUGGCAGGUGCUGUGCUGAGUUCUUUGAAUUAUCAGAUCUCCUGCAACACAAGAAGAACUGUACUAAAAAUCAAUUAGUUUUAAUUGUGAAUGAAAAUCCAGCUUCUCCUUCUGAAACCUUCCCUCCUCGUUCCCCUUCUGAUAAUCCUGAUGAACAGAUGAAUGACACAGUUAAUAACACAGAUCAAGUAGACUGCAGUGACCUUUCAGAGCAUAACAAACUUGACAAGGAAGAAUCCAUGGAUGCGGAGGCUUCCAGCAUUAACAAUAGCAGUAGCAGUUCCAAGAGCGUCAACAAUAGUAUUACAAGCAGUAACAGCUCCACAAUGGGUACCUCAGCUAUAACAACCUCUCUACCUCAAAUAGGGGAUCUGACAGCAUUAGGCAACUUUUCAGUGAUAAAUAGCAAUGUCAUAAUAGAAAACCUUCAAAGUACGAAAGUGGCGGUAGCACAGUUCUCACAGGAAGCGAGAUGUAAUGGUGCGUCAAAUAACAAGCUUGCUGUACCUGCCCUAAUGGAGCAACUGUUGGCUUUACAGCAACAGCAGAUCCACCAGUUGCAACUGAUUGAACAAAUUCGUCACCAAAUAUUAUUGUUGGCUUCCCAAAACACAGACAUGUCAACAUCAUCUAGCCCUUCUCAAGGUACUUUACGAACAUCUGCCAACCCCUUGUCCACGUUAAGUUCCCAUUUAUCCCAGCAGCUGGCUGCGGCAGCUGGAUUAGCACAAAGCCUUGCUAGUCAAUCUGCCAGCAUCAGUGGUUUGAAACAACUACCCCCUAUACAGCUACCUCAGAGCAACUCUGGCAAUACUAUAAUUCCAUCCAGUAGUGGCUCUUCUCCAAAUAUUAACAUACUGGCAGCAGCAGUUACAACACCGUCCUCAGAAAAAGUGGCUUCAAAUGUUGGUGGCUCACAGCUCAGCAACCCACCAGUAUCAGCAUCAUCUUCACCAGCUUUUGCAAUAAGCAGUUUAUUAAGUCCUGCAUCUAAUCCACUUCUACCUCAACCCGCCCCUAAUAACUCGGUUUUCUCCAACCCCUUGUCCAAUCUUGGAACACCUGCAGAGGAUUUAAACUCCUUGACUGCCUUGGCACAGCAAAGAAAAAGCAAGCCACCAAAUGUAACUGCUUUUGAAGCAAAAAGUACUUCUGAUGAGGCAUUUUUUAAACAUAAAUGCAGGUUCUGUGCGAAAGUCUUUGGGAGUGACAGUGCCUUGCAGAUUCACUUACGUUCUCACACUGGCGAGAGGCCCUUCAAAUGCAACAUAUGUGGAAACAGAUUCUCCACAAAGGGAAACUUAAAAGUCCACUUUCAGCGUCAUAAAGAAAAAUACCCUCAUAUUCAAAUGAAUCCAUACCCAGUGCCAGAGCAUUUGGACAAUAUUCCUACAAGCACAGGUAUUCCUUAUGGGAUGUCUAUCCCACCAGAGAAACCUGUAACCAGCUGGCUGGACAGCAAGCCAGUUUUGUCUACUUUGACUGCUUCUGUUGGCCUGCCACUCCCACCAACAAUUCCAAGCUUGACACCAUUUAUCAAAACUGAGGAGCCUCAACCUAUUCCCAUUAGCCAUCAUUUGGCUAGCCCUCCAUGUUCUGUCAAAAGUGACUCGGGAGUAGCUGAUCCUGCUGUAAAAAAUUCAAAUGGACACUCAGAUGAGGCAGAAGUCAGUGCUUUGCCUACCACAAAUGGGAAAACAGAAGAAAACACUCACACUUUAAACUCCUUCACUAAUAUUAACAGCUCUGUGAGCUCACCGGCAGCAGACUCCGGCUCGAACAGCAUUGUCACUUUUACAAAUCCACUGAUGCCUCUAAUGUCGGAGCAAUUUAAGGCAAAGUUUCCAUUUGGAGGACUACUAGAUUCAACGUCGGCAUCAGAAACAUCAAAAUUGCAGCAACUGGUAGAAAAUAUUGACAAAAAGGCAACCGAUCCUAAUGAGUGUAUUAUUUGCCAUCGAGUUCUCAGUUGCCAGAGUGCAUUAAAAAUGCAUUAUCGCACACAUACUGGUGAAAGGCCAUUUAAAUGUAAAAUUUGUGGUCGUGCUUUCACUACUAAAGGAAAUUUAAAGACUCAUUACAGUGUUCAUCGUGCCAUGCCCCCGCUGAGAGUACAACAUUCAUGCCCGAUCUGCCAGAAAAAGUUCACCAAUGCUGUCGUGCUACAGCAGCAUAUCAGAAUGCAUAUGGGAGGACAGAUUCCCAAUACGCCUGUCACAGAAAACUAUCCAGAGUCAAUGGAAUCUGACACCGGAUCUUUUGAUGAGAAGAAUUUUGAUGAUCUAGACAACUUCUCAGACGACAACAUGGAAGACUGUCCUGACAGCAGCGUGCCAGAUACACCUAAAUCUGUUGAUGCGUCCCAAGACAGCUUAUCUUCUUCCCCUCUGCCACUGGAAAUGUCAAGUAUUGCUGCUUUAGAAAAUCAAAUGAAGAUGAUCAACGCAGGACUUGCUGAACAACUUCAAGCUAGCUUAAAAUCAGUUGAAAAUGGGUCAGUGGAGGGGGAUGUUAUGACAAAUGAUUCAUCGUCUAUUGGUGGUGAUAUGGAAAGCCAAAGUGCUGGAAGUCCUGCUAUCUCAGAGUCUACCUCUUCUAUGCAGGCUUUGUCCCCAUCCAACAGCACUAAUGAUUACCACAAAUCACCAAAUAUUGAAGAGAAACAACUAAGAGCUUUACCAAGUGAGUUUGCCAAUGGUUUGUCUCCAACCCCUGCUAACGGUGGUGCUUUGGACUUGACAUCUAGUAACACAGAUAAAAUAAUUAAAGAAGAAUCUUUGAGUAUGCUUUUUCCUUUCAGAGAUAGAGGUAAAUUUAAAAACACAGCGUGUGACAUUUGUGGCAAAACGUUUGCUUGUCAGAGUGCCUUGGACAUUCAUUACAGAAGUCAUACCAAAGAGAGACCAUUUAUUUGCACAGUUUGCAAUCGUGGCUUUUCCACAAAGGGUAAUUUGAAGCAGCAUAUGUUGACACAUCAAAUGCGAGAUCUGCCAUCACAGCUUUUUGAGCCCAAUUCCAAUAUUGGCCCUAAUCAGAACUCUUCAGUUAUACCUGCUAAUUCAUUGUCAUCUCUCAUAAAGACUGAGGUUAAUGGCUUUCUGCACGGCUCUCCUCAGGAUAGCAAAGAAACACCGCCUGGUCUUGUUCCUCUGGGGCCUUUGCCAUCUUCUGCCACAUCACCAGUUCUGCUUCCAACUCUACCCCGAAGAACUCCCAAACAGCACUACUGCAACACGUGUGGGAAAACAUUUUCAUCUUCUAGUGCUUUGCAGAUUCAUGAAAGGACACACACUGGCGAAAAGCCUUUUGCCUGCACUAUAUGUGGAAGAGCUUUCACGACAAAAGGCAAUCUUAAGGUUCACAUGGGCACUCACAUGUGGAACAGCACUCCGGCGAGACGAGGCAGACGACUUUCCGUGGAUGGUCCCAUGACAUUUCUAGGAGGCAAUCCUGUAAAAUUCCCAGAAAUGUUUCAGAAAGAUUUGGCUGCAAGGUCAGGAAACGGAGACCCUUCCAGCUUCUGGAAUCAGUAUGCAGCUGCACUCUCCAAUGGCUUGGCUAUGAAGACCAAUGAGAUCUCAGUCAUUCAGAAUGGUGGCAUCCCUCCAAUUCCUGGAAGCCUGGGCAAUGGAGGCAGUUCACCUAUUAGUGGGUUGACUGGAAGCCUGGAGAAGCUCCAGAAUUCUGAACCUAAUGCACCUCUAGCUGGUCUGGAGAAAAUGGCAAGCAAUGAAAAUGGGACAAACUUCCGUUUUACACGUUUUGUGGAAGACAACAAAGAAAUUGUAACAAAUUAG